AUGAAGGAGUUAGACAUUUUGCUUUCGUUUGUCUAUGGCAAAAAGUUUUACAAAAUUAGCACUCUCUCUCUCUCGUCUCUCUCCCUUCGUGGACACCAAGCCAGCGAUCUUGGUGCUCCGGCCACAGCCAGUAGUGAGAGCGGUCGGAAAAGAACCAGCCAAGGCCGACGAUCAAAUCUGGGCUACUUUGUACUGCAGCUACUUCAAAUGAAGCCUGCGGAAGUGCUGAUUGAAUCCACUGGUGUGAUUGGCCAAAGGAUAAAAAGGUACUAUAUAACCAUCAUAUUCCUGUUUCCAUGUUAUGCUCAAUUCUAA